ACGGGAUGUAUUCGAAUUUAUUACAUAUAGAAUGAUAUUAGACCGGACUUUCGGUUCAAAUGAAUAGCAAUAAGUGCGCGAGGUAACUAGAAACCUACUUGAUGGAUGUACGGAAUAAUUAUUACUGCGAUAGGUGAUCAGAGUCUGUGGUAUAGUGCGUAAAUAGGCAAUGAAAUAGCUUUUGCCGCGCGCAGUGUGUCGGGCAACCGUGGCGGGGCCCCCAUGGUUGUAAAUGGCUGACGAGCUGGAAAAUGAAGAAUAACAAUCGCGUGUGAUAUUACCGCCUCGACGCUAAGCUGCCGGGUAGAAAAUGUCGGAGCCAGAGGAGAGUCCGGCUGCGCCGGAUAGCACGACUAAAGAGCAGCGUCUCGGUUUCUCCCAUGGCGAAGACGUUCUUCUCCAGCACAAGGAUGGCAAAUAUUAUCUUGGUACUGUAGUGGAGGUGGAUUUAGUAAGGGAAAGAUGUCUCGUCAAAUUUUUAGACAACACAUCAUCCUGGUCAUCGGUCAAAGAACUGGCAAAACUGGCAAUGCCCGAAUCAGACGUUAUGUGCGUUUUGUGUAAAAAGUCACAACCUAAGACCGAUAAUGAUAUUAUUGUAUGUGAUAAAUGUGGCCGUGGUUAUCACCAGCUUUGUCAUCAACCCCAAAUCACAAAAGAAGAAACAUUGCCUGAGGCACAUUGGAUGUGCAAGAGAUGUAUAGAUAGCCAACCGAGGAGCCGGGAGCCACCAGAACCCAAAAACUCUAUGGUGAAAGCAAACAUUAGAAAAGUUUGUAGCGGCAGAGACCAGCCCCAGCCUCCGCCUGAUGAUAUGACGAAAUUACCUUAUGAUCCUGAAAUGCUCAGCUGGGAUGCACAUCACAGGGUGAAUGCAGAGCAGAUUUAUUGUUAUUGCGGUCUGAAUGGUGAAUGGUAUACACAAAUGUUGCAAUGUGCAAGGUGCAAGCAAUGGUUUCAUGAGAAAUGCGUCAGCUGCUUGACUUGUCCUCUAUAUAGCGGAGAUAGGUUCUAUGUGUUCGUUUGUUCGAUGUGCAAUUACGGCAAGGAAUUUGUCCGUCGCCUGGAGUUGAAGUGGGUGGAUUUGGUACACCUCAUGCUGUACAAUCUGACAGUUUACAAUGCCAAGAAAUACUAUGACUUGGAUACUAUUAUUGUACCCUAUGCGAAUGAGAAUUGGAAUGCUUUGCAACUUCCACCUAGGAUACGAGAUGUCAGUGCACAAGUACGCAGAGACUCUAUCCUUGCGAUAUUAACAAAUAAUAGAAACAGGUUCAAGUGUGGUAGAGAGAUAAAAAAGCGUACAACUAUUUGGGGGUUGCGUGUCAGGUUGCCACCGCCUUGUCCGGUAGUAAAUCUUCCCGCAACUGGCAACAUAGAUGACUCUGUGCUGCGCAGGUGUUGGGGGGCUAAUAAAAGGCUACAAUACCUUCCGCCACCUACUAAUGCCGACUGUCCUCUCCCUGCUGCAAAGUCUCAAGGUGUUAAGGAUGCCAGGUAUAAGAAAGCUAGGAAACUGCUCAAGAAUGCUAUUGCAAAGAGCAAAUCUCGGAGUCCGGAAGCUUCAGAGCUGCCACCAACUCCUCCGACUUCGGUAUCGGGGCCACCCACUCCACCUGCAACAACUUCAGGGAUGUCUGAACUUUCUGUUCCAAGCUCAUUGGACUUGAUGAACACUCUGCCGCUGUCGACACCUGUAGACACAAGCGGUGAUGAGACCAGCUCCAGAGGUACCCUUGACUCCUUUAUUCCACCACCAAAAGACUUUGAAGGAAAAAAUAACCCGUUUAGAAAUCUUAAUGACUUGCUGGGCACACCUUGUGGCAUUGGCCAAGGUAGUUCCAGUACUCCUUUAUCGAAUAAUAACUGCCCAAUCACGCUUCCCCUGCCACUCACCCCUGUCAUACCACAACCACCGAUUGUCCGACCUGCGAAACGACAGUUAUCGGAAAAAGACAUUAUCAUAGAUAGAAAUGGUCAAGUUAAAAGAAGAAGACAGCAUAGGAGAGGACGUCCACCACAUCAGCCACAAUUUCAACCAACAGCCAUAAAAACAGCGGCUAUACUUCCCGCCCGCAACAACGAAGUUAAAAGCGAGUUUGUUCGUAAUCUGCGCAGCUCUUUCAACAACUCGUCAAGUAGUAGUAAUAGCCAAAUUGGUAACUGUGUAGACUAUGCCCUCAACGGAAGGAGGUUGAGGCAGCGGCAAAGUAACGAGAAAUUGCCGCCUCCGGACCCUCAGCCUCAAAAAAAGGGUAGCGUACCUUCGUCCCCAAAGUGUUCACCAGUUAAACAAAAUGCCCCUGACAUAUCUAUGGAUGAUCUCAAAUCGUCGGUUAAUAUUUAUUUCGGUGCUGCGAACAGGAUAGCAGCAGGAGAAAAGUUUUUCAUUAGGGCUAAGAGAAUUGGUUCCAACGGCCAGACGCAGUAUCUAAUUGAAUGGGAAGGUCCCACCACCUAACGAUAGAAAAUCACUUUCCAAUUCAGACAAAUAUUUUAUUGUAAUCUAAUAAAGUGAAAUGUUCAGUGUUUAAUGGAAGAUAUACAAUAGCUGUCGAUCUUUGGGGUUCGAUCAUGGCGAUAAAUGAGUUCAGACUACAUUCACUGACGUUUUCUAGGUACCUUCAACUGUGAACCAUGUUAGUUGGUGUAUGUUGCGUAACUGUUUUUGUAAACCAGACUCUUAUGGCUGCAUUGUCUUAAGUACAGGUUCAAAUUUAAAUCAUCCUUCGUCCACGCGAGCUAAACUUGAUUUUUAACACAGCAAAUUUCAGCUUCACGGUUCAUCGCUGGCUGAUGAACUGCCCGAAUUUUAAUGUAUUCUAUUUUUUAAAUUUGCAAAACUUGAUUUUAAUCGCGGCUGGAGAUCGUACUUUAGUUUUGUCCCCUUGUGAAAUUUUGAUUUCUACAAUUUUGUUUCCUCUGCAAAUGGAAGCAAAAGCACUGUAAUCAUAUGAUACGCAAUUUGUAAUUAAUUCUAUGAAAUCUAUUAUGUUGAUUGUCAGCCCACGUAUGUUAAUGUCCCGGUUUUAUAGUUCAUCUGAAGGAGUAACACCCUUCAUCGGUCAAUAGUGGCAACUUGACUUAUUUUCAACUUAUAUAUGCCUGCCAAGUAAAAUUAUUGACCAUCCAAAUUAAUGUCUAUUAUCAAAAUCAAUCUUCAGUAGAACCGAUUUUAUAACAACAGAAUUACAAAAACACUUAAGCAUCUUUCUUAUCCAUUGUAAAUAGUGUAGCAUAGUAGUCUAAACAAAUGUCGGUAAAUGUGGUCUAAGCAACACUUAAUAGGGAUUGUAACGAAAGUUCCAUAUCAAUGAAGACGAACAAGUAUAAAAUUCGUGAAUAACACGACACGAACAAAACGAUACAUAAAAGUACAUACACGUUUCACGCUAUACGAUUACGUCCAGAUAUGUACAGGGGUGGAAUUACGAAGUUGAAACUUUCGUCAUUCUAAUGAUAGUUGAAUUUUGACAUGACUUGUUUCCCACCUCUACUCUCCAGACUAAGGCGCAUAUAAUUCCAGAGUAUAAUUCUCCAUUUCCACAAACCGUCUUAUCGGUCGGUUAUUAGAGAACUCUGGCCUUUAUGUACAUCUGGACAAAUCAAUUGCACUGACAUACUAGCCAGAGUUAGUAGUUAGAGCUAAAAAAUAAUACAAAGUAGACCUGCCCGACAGAGUUAUUUUUCAAUACAAACGUAGAUUUAGCCUUUGAUUUCCACAUAUUCAUCUUCUUGGAUUAUUCAACGAGAAGAUCCAUACAGGUGGUCUAAUCAUCGUACGUGAGUUCAGAUUUCGUCCAGAUGAAACUUCCUCGUUCCAUGUUUCCGCUUCAAUCGCAUAAUAUUUACUCCUUGUUACAUUAACAGCACCGUGUGCGUAAAUGUCGUACAGUAAUUGUAAACCUCAAUUUGAUCCCGUUAUUGCUCUGAAAAUCAAAAGUUAAUCCGAGUAGAUGAAUAUGUAGGUUUAACAUUGCUCACUAUCACACAAGACUAAAGAUAUACUAUCUACCUGUCCGAUAUAUUAGAACCAAAAUAUCAAUCUUAAUUCUAUCACAAUUUUUCACCUAACUGAGCCAACUGUGCAGGCAUUGACUGUAGCUUCAGAUAGAAACCAAUACGUGCUACAGCUCAAACAACAAGUUUCAGAUGAAAGCUACGCUUUGUAUUCAUUAUUUCAAAUCAAACCACUACAUGCUUAUAGGGCCAGUCCACGUCGUCAAAUGAUGCUGUUUCCUCUCUGUCGCACGCCAAAAACAUCAAUUCUGUAUGUAAUUAAAAAGAGCGUUUACAGUUAGCGAUUCUGUUACCAUACAUAUUCGUGUUCUUCAACAUUCAAAUAAUUUUGUUUCUUGUUACGUGGUUGUUCAAUUCGCGUUUAUUUUAGGAAAUGCUGUAUAAUUAAUGCAGUAAAACAAAGUCUGUGCUGUGUCCAUAGGGAUGGAAAUUUGGUCUGAUAUAUUUCUUAGUCGGUUAAAAAGACUAUAGCGAACAGAGGAAAUUUUUUAUUAUAAUUUGAAUACGAAAAAUCUUCUUAUGAGUGUUGAUAGAUACAAAAUAUAUUCUCUGGUGCGCGUCAAGUCGGUAAAUUGUUCUCAUAUCGAGAACAGGACGAUUUUCUUUGUGGAACAAGUUGCACAGUAUUCUCAGUUGGGUUAUAUUAAUUUUGAAGCAUUUAAAUUAGGAGAAAGUAAAAAUGAUACAUUAAAUAAUGUAAUAGGGAAUUCUACGCGGUACUUCAAACGAUAGGAGCUUAUUAGAAAAUUUAAAUGAGUUUAGCUUUUGUUGUCUCAAAACUGUUGUCGUGUAACGUUAUGAAGAUAUAUUUCCCAUUAAUUUCUAUGACAUUGUGAAUGGCACAGUAUAAUAAACCAUAAACGAUUACGUAUUACGAUUGAAAGUGAUACUUGUACAGAUAGUUUGUUUAUACUAAACUAUCGUGAGUAUUCUCCAGCUCCAAUUAUUUAAAUCUCUGUGUAUUAUAAUUGUGCGUUUUAAUUUCAAUAUAAUUAGUACGAACGUACAGUAUUGCAGUACAAAAAUGACGAGGUUUUUAAAUUUCCAUGCAUUAUGCAGGAAUUAGUUUCUUUAGCGUUGCCAUACAUUCGUUGUUUAAGUCCGUUGGUUUUUGGUUUAUACUCUGCUGUAUCAGAACAAUUUUCAAAUGUAGCCUAUCUCGGAUUUGACAAGACGAAAGAGGAAAUUAUUAUAACUGGUUGAUCAGAAAAAACAUGUAAUAUCGUUGGCAACGCUGUACUCUUUAUUCUAAUCUGUUGAUCCAGUACUGCACUGUAUAGCCUAUAUAGGCCAUAUUGUUUUUUCUUUAGGGAAAUGUAGGUAAUAUUGGACGGAAACAGGAAACGUACACUGCCAAACUUCUAAUUUAUAUUUAAAGAGAAUGUUAGAUAUUGAUUAUUGCUUUACUAUAAUAAUUAUGAUAACAAUAAUAAUAUCGAUAAUAUUAUCAAUAAUGAUGAUAAUUUUUUUUUUCUAAAUGUAAUAAAUCUUCGGUUUAGUUUUUUCUUUAAUUAAAGUUAAAUGUGAUAUAUCCAUUAGAAUUAAUAACGUGAUGUAUCACAACCAGAGCAAGUAGUUUGAAAAAGAGGUUCGUCGUUUGAAGAAAAAAAGACUUUAUUUAAAUUAAUUGAUGUCUGAAAUAUGUAUGAGUCUAUAAGAUAAUUUUUGUAUGGUGUCAACGAAGAAACCGGUAUAUUUUACCAUUGAUGGUAUUCAUAUACCUCAUUCUGUAAGAAUAAAAAGAAAAAAAAGUAUAGAAACAAUGUCA